AUGGUGGAACAAGAGGACCCCAACAAGCUUGCUACCAGCUGGCCUGAUUACUAUAUUGACCGCAUCAACUCCAUGGCAGCUAUGCAGACACUAUUUGCUUUUGAUGAAGAGGAAAUGGAGAUGAGAAACAAGGUGAUAGAGGAUCUAAAGACAGCCCUCCGGACUCAACCAAUGAGGUUUGUGACGCGCUUCAUCGAGUUGGAUGGCUUGACGUGUCUUCUGAACUUCCUGAAGAGCAUGGAUUAUGAAACCUCAGAGAGCCGCAUACAUACAUCCAUCAUCGGCUGCAUCAAAGCCUUGAUGAACAACUCCCAGGGCCGUGCCCAUGUACUGGCCCACCCCCAGAGCAUAAACACUAUCUCCCAAAGCCUCCGCCAGAACAACAUCAAGACCAAAGUGGCUGUGUUGGAGAUCCUGGGUGCUGUUUGCUUGGUGCCUGAUGGGCAUAAGAAAGUAUUACAGGCAAUGGUACACUACCAGAAGUAUGCUGCAGAGAGGACUCGCUUUCAGUCUCUUUUGAACGAGCUGGACAGAAGUACAGGACACUACAAGGAUGAAGUAAAUCUGAAGACAGCCAUCAUGUCAUUCAUAAACGCUGUGCUGAAUGCUGGGGUUGGAGAGGUCAGUCUAGAGUUUCGCCUUCAUCUUAGGUAUGAGUUUCUGAUGUUAGGAAUUCAGCCAGUCAUUGAGAAGCUGAGAGCACAUGAUAAUGUCACGCUCGACAGACAUCUGGACUUUUUUGAGAUGGUGCGGAAUGAGGAUGAGUUAGAACUGGCCAAACGCUUUGACAUUACACACGUGGACACCAAGAGUGCUGGGCAGAUGUUUGAGCUGAUCAAGAAGAAACUGAGCAACACAGAUGCCUACCCCCACCUUCUAUCUAUCCUAAAGCACUGCCUCCAAAUGCCAUAUAAACGUGGUGCAGGCAGUAUACAGCAAUGGCAACUUUUAGACCGCAUCCUUCAGCAAAUUGUUCUACAAGAUGAGAAGGGAGAAAAUCCAGAUGUUUCACCCCUGGACAAUUUCAACGUUAAGAACAUCAUUAGAAUCUAUGGAAAGCCACGCAUGUCAAGGCUUGUCAAUGAGAAUGAAGUCAAACAGUGGCGAGACCAAGCCGAAAAGUUCAGAAAAGAGCAUGUAGAGCUGAUGGCUCGGCUGGAAAGGAAAGAAAGAGAGUGUGAGACCAAGACACAAGAGAAGGAUGAUAUGAUGAAGACACUCAACAAGAUGAAGGACAAACUGCAGAAAGAAGGAGUGGAGUUGCGCUUUGCCAGGGAGCAAGUAUUUGACCUGUCCUCCCUCAUUAGCGACAUUUCAAAUGGUGGUGGUCAUUUACCUGUUGCCCCUCCGCUUCCUGGGAGCCCGAUUCCAGCACCUAUGAUGAUGGAUAACUUCCCUCCUCCUCCACCUAUUGCUUUUUCCAGCCCACCCCCACCACCUCCUCCACCUCCCCCAGGGGGUCCUCCACCUCCACCUGGGGCCCCGCCCAUCUUUUCUGGGAUUCCAUCUCCACCUGGACCUGCUUCCAUUAGCUCCACAACCAACCUACACACAAAGAGCAUCCCACAACCUUCACAACCACUAAAAUCAUUUAACUGGUCCAAACUGGGAGAGAACAAGAUCACUGGUACCAUCUGGUAUGAGAUUGAUGACAGAAGGGCCUUUAAAGUUCUUGACCUAAAGGACAUUGAGAAGAUGUUUUCAGCUUACCAGAGGCAGCAAGAGUUGCUCACUAACCAAUCCUUCAAGCAGAAAGAAACAGGAUCCAUGGAUGACCUUUAUCUGAGUUCACGCAAAGUCAAAGAGCUGUCUGUUAUUGAUGGACGGAGGGCCCAAAACUGUGUCAUCCUGCUUUCCAAGUUAAAAAUGAGCAAUGAAGAGAUAAAGAGAGCCAUUCUGGAGAUGGAUGAGAGGGAGGAGCUGGCUAAAGACAUGUUAGAGCAGCUGCUGAAGUUUGUUCCUGAGAAAAGUGAUAUUGACCUUCUGGAGGAACACAAACAUGAGCUUGAGCGUAUGGCCCGGGCUGACCGCUUCCUGUUUGAGAUGAGCAGAAUCGACCACUAUCAACAGAGGCUCCAGUCUCUUUUCUUCAAAAAGAAGUUUGCAGAGCGCCUAGCAGAAAUAAAACCAAAGGUUGAAGCUAUUCUGUGUGCGUCACGUGAGGUGAUGAGAAGUAAGCGCCUGACACAGGUUCUGGAAGUGGUUUUGGCAUUCGGGAACUUCAUGAACAAAGGACAGAGGGGCAACGCAUAUGGUUUCAAAGUGUCCAGCCUCAACAAGAUCAUAGACACCAAGUCAAGUAUAGACAGGAACAUCACCAUGCUGCAUUACCUGAUCAUGAUCUUUGAGAAGAAUUACCCAGACAUCCUCAAUAUUCAACAGGACUUGGCCUCUAUACCAGAAGCUGCCAAAGUCAAUCUGGCUGAGCUGGAGAAGGAAGUGUUCAUCAUUAGGAGUGGCCUGAAAGCUCUGGAGACGGAGUUACGAUACCAGCAGAGCCGAGCAUGUGACCGGGGAGACAAGUUUGUCCCAGUGGUCAGUGACUUCAUCACAGUUGCUAGCUUCAGCUUCUCUGAACUCGAGGAACUACUCACUGAAGCCAAAGAUAAGUUUUCUAAGUCUCUGAAUCAUUUUGGAGAGGAGGAAGGUUGCAUGCAACCAGAUGAGUUUUUUGGAAUAUUUGACAUCUUCAUGCAGUCGUUCUGCGAGGCCCGACACGACCUGGAGAACAUGCAGCGACGCAAAGAGGAGGAAGAGAGGAGAAUGCGCAUGGAGGCCAUGCUGAAGGACCAGCGGGAGCGAGAAAGGCGAGCAAAGAAAAGCACCGGAGGGAGUGUGUCAGAGGAGGUGGGGGAGUUUGAUGAUCUCGUAUCGGCGCUUCGCUCAGGUGAAGUCUUCGACAAGGACUCUAAACUUAAACGCAACCGCAAGCGCUCCGUCAACCAGCUGGCGGACUGUGGGGGUCGUGAAAGACCAGUCAACAAGGUGAACUAUUGACCUCAGUGAAUACAGUCAGAAGGAGUUUGGAUUUUUAUAUUUACAGACUUACAGAGAACUCUCUUGAAAUGCCAUACACUGCCCUCUAUUUUCAUUUUGCUCAGACCAGUAAAACGGACAAGCUCAAAGAUGGACAGGCUCACUGCUCACAGAUGUGAAGGAUGCCCUUUGAUCUCUCUCUUCUUGUUUCUGCCUGUUCCUCUUUCUUGAUAUGUACAGUCACUCACACUGAUCUCUUACUCUUGUUUGUUUUUUGUGGUGAAAUGCAUAACCUGAGUUACAGUUUGGAAGAGCAGUUCAUCUGAGUCACUUGUAUAAUCCAUAUGGUUAUCCUUCUAAUCUGCCAAGGUUAUUGUCCUUUCUUGGCCACCCAUUUCAAUGCUCUAAUUUUAGGAGAUUAAGAAAUUUGGUACCUCUAAUCUUCCGUUCCAACUGUGCUUUUGAAUUUAAAAAAUGCAGCUGGUGCUUCCUUAACAUAAAAAUGAAGGAAAAAAAGAAAAUAUUGUUCAGUCCUGGAUGUUGGAAUUACCACAGAGGCAAUAUGACACUGUGGAUGCAGCCUUACAGGUUGGGAUUCUCCUUCCCCAAGUGCCUCUAUACAUUAAUGGCAUUCCAAGGACUACCUCCUGUACGGAGAUACUGAUGAGAGAGAAGAGCACUUUCACAAAGUCACACAAAGAAUAUGAAAGUCGUAAGUCAAAAAAAUACGCUGACUGUAUUUAAUGGCAGUAAUUAAAUGAACCUGUUAGAUUGUCAUACUUUAUGAUGUUCUCAUCUGUCAUAUACAACUGCGCCUUUUAUCCAAAUGCCCUGAAAUUGCAUUCUAGGAAGGAAGGUACCAUGAAAUUCAGUUUAAAAAAGCAGUUAUCUAUGAGCAGGUACUACCAUGUGUCUUCGUCACUUCUUUAGGUUAACAUAUUGAACCUUUGGGCCUUGAUAAUAUUUAACAAAAUUAUGUCUUACAUAUUUUACUAUCUAAAUGUGUAUAAAGAAACGCUAGGUACCCAGGUCUGGAAAAAAGUUGUCUCCAGAAUCUUGAUUUGUAGAGAGAUCCACUGAAUUUUAGACUUUGUUCUCAAGGUCAACAUUAUGUAACCUACUUUGGUUUUCUUAUAUUUUGUUGGGGGUUUUUUUUAUAACAUGUACCUGUAUAUUAAGUAGCUGUAGUCAGGACAAAGGUUGCAGAUGUAUAUACAAUGACCUUGUAGUUGGCAUGGUGUGGCAGAGAAAAUGGUGUUAGAGACAGGGAAAACGAGAGGCCUCUGAUAUGGAAUUAGACACAUAUAUGAAGGCAAUGAAUGCAAACAUUUGAAGGGGAAAUGUAAAUUCCAGUGAGAUGGUGAUUAUGGACUGAGGAAAAAAUUUACCCCAUGCAAGUUUCAUUGCAGCAGUCUGAGGCCUCCUGUUUCCUCUGUCCAUAUGGGGUCAUAGUGGGCGUUCUGAAUAAGGUGAUUGUGUUUAUCUUUUAAGAGAUAAAAGUUAAAUAUGGACACGCAUGAUGUUAAUUGUCCAUUUUUGUGGGUACAGCUCUGCCCCUUCUGACCCUGCUUAAGGAACAAGAAGGGUGUCUGUGAGUGCAGUGCUUGUGGUAUAUCAAUAUUUCUUUGAGCCAGUAAGAUAAUUUAUUAACAGUCCAAAAAUAUACAAGCUUUACCACUAAGCUUACAAGUGCCAUAACAAUGGGCCUGUGCAGACAUUCUCUCCUUUCUCAAGAGUAUCAGCUCAUGUGUACUUAAUUAGAUUUAACGACUGAAAGUUGUAUAUUUGUUUGUUUGUUUAUUUGUUUUAAUACCAAAAAUAGGAAUUGUAGUCCUGUCUGUAUUGUCACUUUUUCAUGACUAAUGGCUUGAGAUUGCUUAAUACAAGAAGUUACUAUUUUUGUACAACAAACAGUUCAUUCCAGGUUUGACCUGAAAAGUGCAGAGAGUUUUGACUGGGACAUUUAAAAAAGAAAAGAAAAAAAAAUUGCCCACUGAAAUCUGAGCAUUUGUAAUUAGUUUAAUUGCACUUCCUAAGGAUUCCCCAUAGAGGCUCUUAUUAGAUCUUAUGGCAAAGCCCUAGUCUUGAGCUGCUUAAUUGGAGAUCAUGAAUAAUUAA